GAUGACGUGCAUUUGUUUUUGUUCACUUUCAACCAUGUCGAAGCCCACUUAGUUCAGAAUCUCAACAAAAAAAAACAAGUUCGAAAAACCACAGUUUCGAACACGAAACAAUUAGUGCAAAAAGGUAAAAAAAAUACCCAUCGUUUCGCGUGCACGAAAAAUCAUCCAAGAAGCAAUAAUUAACGGCCGUCCAUCGAUAUGCGGUCGACGAUCAACAUAGCUGUGAUAACUGUAAUACUGUCCGGCGUCGUGGCCCUGACCAUACCGGAAAAUGGGGAGAUCAACGAGAAAUUCCUCGACGAACCCCGCUACAUGGACUACCAGGAGGUGACCAACCUCUUCAGGGAGCUGCAGUCCGAACACCCGAACCUGGUGCGGCUCACUUCAGCCGGGAAGAGCGUGAAAAGACGCGACCUGUGGGCCCUGGAGAUACACGGCAACGUGAAGAAUCGCACCGUGUUGGCCCCCAUGUUCAAGUAUGUGGCCAACAUGCACGGCGACGAAGCCAUAGGAAGGCAACUUAUGAUUUAUUUGGCCCUGUAUCUCAUCAAAAAUUACGGAAAAGAUGAAAGGGUUACUAAAUUAGUAAACACCACUGACAUUUUUUUAAUGCCAAGUAUGAACCCAGAUGGCUAUGAGAAUUCGCAGGAGGGAAAUUGCGAGUCCAAACCCCGUUACGUAGGACGUGAGAACGAGAACCACGUCGACCUAAACAGAGACUUCCCCGACCAGUUCGAACCCACCAGAGUCGGCACCAUAUUGUCGGGACGCCAGCCCGAAACCAUCGCCAUGAUCACCUGGAUCAUCUCCAAGCCGUUCGUCCUCUCCGGAAACCUCCACGGAGGCGCCGUCGUGGCCAGCUACCCGUUCGACGACUCCAGCGCCCGCAAGGAGUGCUGCACGGAGAGCAAGUCGCCGGACAACGAGCUGUUCAAGAGUCUGGCCCUGACGUAUGCAACUCCCCAUCCGCUGAUGAGAAAAGGCGACGCCUGCAGGCAGGAGACGUUCCCCAACGGAAUCACCAACGGAGCCUUUUGGUACGAAGUCAGAGGUGGGAUGCAAGAUUUUAACUACGUGCACUCGAAUUGCUUCGAGGUGACCUUCGAGUUGUCUUGCUGCAAGUUUCCCAAGGCUGAUACUUUGCCGCAGGAAUGGAGGAACAACAAGGAAUCUUUGCUUAGCUUCAUCGAAGCUUCACACUGGGGCGUAAAAGGUUUAGUCACAGAUUUGAACGGUGAAGCUGUGUUGGACGCCGAUGUGGUGGUGGAAGGCAUCAACCACAACGUCACCACAUCCAACAGGGGUGAAUAUUGGAGACUUCUACUCCCUGGAGAGUAUACACUCUUCGCCACAGCUUUUGGCUUCCAACCGUCCGAAAGGGUGACAGUGACGGUAACCAAAGAUCAAACUACAAUCCAGAACUUCAGGUUGAAACGUACACCUCAGGAACAACAAAAAGGUGACUUCCAAACAUUGGAACGAGCACCCGAAGAAACCGACCCAUCGGGCUUCUUCAUCCCCGACCACACAAUAUUCAAACACCACCACUACGACGAGAUGGUCGAUUAUCUGAAGGACAUGCACGGCAUCUACCCCAACAUAACUGACUUAUAUUCCAUAGGAAAAUCGGUGCUGGGACGUGAGCUGUACGUGUUCGUUCUCGGUACCACUCCUAAAACCCACGUGCCGGGCAAGCCGGAGUUCAAGUACGUGGCCAACAUGCACGGCAACGAAAUAGUGGGCAGAGAGUUGCUUUUGUACCUGAUCAAAUACAUGUGCGAGCAUUACGGCACCGACAAACGGGUCACCGACCUGAUGAGUACCACCAGGAUUCACUUGUUGCCCAGCAUGAAUCCUGACGGUUACGAAGCCAGUCGUGAAGGCGACGAGGGCGGUCUGAUUGGCAGGAACAACGCCAACAACUACGACUUGAACCGCAACUUUCCGGACCAGUACUUCACCAACUCUUUCAAUGCUAUAACGCAACCGGAAGUGCAGGCAGUUAUGAACUGGACUUUGAGGGAGAGAUUUGUGUUGUCAGCCAACUUGCACAACGGUGCCUUGGUGGCCAACUACCCCUACGAUGAUAAUCCUCAAAAUGUCAACGGUGUCGAAAAUCUGACGCCGGAUGAUGCCAUUUUUAAGUACCUGGCACAUUUAUACGCCAACGCACACAAAUCAAUGUACAUGGAUAAGCCUUGCCCGUUGUUCCCCCACGAGCAUUUCGACGGUGGCACCACUAAUGGUGCCAAGUGGUACUCGGUAACUGGAGGCAUGCAGGACUGGAACUACAACGUAGCAGGUUGUAUGGAACUAACGCUGGAACUGGGCUGCGUCAAGUACCCAAGGGCUGACGAACUGAGCGAGUACUGGGCUGACAACCUCGAACCCUUGUUGAAGUACAUGGAACAAGUGCACAAAGGUGUAAGCGGCUUCGUACGUAGUACCAUCGGCCACCCGAUCGCAGACACCAAAGUCAUAGUGGAAGGCAUCCAACACGUGGUGAAGAGUGGCAAAGGUGGCGACUACUACCGCAUUCUGUUGCCCGGCCUUUACAACAUCACCUUCACGGCCUUCGGAUAUGAAAGCUACACCACCACCAUUAUCAUACCCGAAAGUGGGUCGUACCAGCUCAACGUGACGCUCAUGAAGGACGACCCCACACAUUGGGCCAACGCCUACGACUUUGACCUGACGGAGAACCAGUUCGGGCCCAAGUGGCACGACAACAGCGAAAUCAACUCACUGCUUGCGGAGCUCGAGACCAAGUACGAGGACACGGCCGUUUUUCGGUCGGGCCAAACUGUCCUCUCCUCCUUUAUUCAGUACCUGGAGGUCAGCCACGACAUCGAAGGCACCGACGAAGGAAAACUGCACGUCGGGAUUAUGGGGAACCUGUUCUCUAACCAGCCCAUUGGAAGGGAGAUCGCCGUGUACUUGGCUAGACAUUUGUUGGCCGGACACCAAGAGGGCGACCCCACUGUCGUGGACAUACUGAAGAACGCUGUUGUCACCAUUAUUCCGGUGGUUGACAAAGGGUUCCCCAGCGUGUGGGGCGACUUUGACCGGGAAGUCUCGGGGAACAAGCGUCCUGAGGGCAACAAGUGCAACCCUAUAACUUCCAGUCAGAGGGACACAGGCAGCCUUCUAAUGAGGAAGAUUCCGUUUAACAACGAAGGCAAACUGGUGCAAGCCUUUAAAGGUCUUCUUGUAGCUAAAAAAUUCGACUGGCUUUUGAAUAUUGAAGGUGGUGACUCCGGAAUAAUUUACCCAACAACAAAGCAAGAAUACAAACUGUACAAAAUCAUAGCGGACAAAUUUAUGGAGAAAAUGAAUGCCCAACAGUUCUGUAACGAAAGAACCAGAGGAACUAACAUUAAUAUGACCGAAUAUCUGUACAAUGCGUACAGUACUCCUGUGAUCACCGCCAAAGUUUCCUGCUGCGAUUAUCCUGCCAUAGAAAACAUUCCUUUCGUUUGGAGGGACGUUUUGCCCCCCAUUAUGGCUGUUCUCAACAUGACCAGGACUGGUAUUCAAGGGAGGGUCACCAACACUAGGAACGAAUCCUUGGUGAAUGCAACCAUUUCGCUUCAAAAGAUGGACAAUCAAAUUUAUGAGGUGUCUAAGAAUUUGGCCUAUUACAAAAUAAUGGUACCCAAUGGUGUGCACGUAUUAACAGUCGAAUCACCCGGUUACACAACCGUCACCAAAGAGUUGCUGGUUGAAGACAAGUACACAACAUUCAAUUUCGUCCUGUCCGAUCAGCAACAGAUUCACUAUUCCGGCUUGAAAGUGGACACCAAAGACAAAAGUUUGGUGCAGCCCUUCCAGGGCAAAAUCCCGACCGGCGUUAAAGGGCUGGUGCGCGACAACAAAGACCACCCAAUUCCGGGGGCACACGUCACAGUGAUGCCACAACAAAUUGUCGUACAGUCCGACGAGAACGGCAAGUACGGAGUACCGCUGCCGCCCGGCAAGUACUCGUUGCAGGUGCACAAGGACGGGUACUUCGGGGACGUGAAGCUGGUGCCCAUUUACCCUCACCCUGAGAUGCCGACGGUCGUGCUGUUCACGCUGAAGAGAGACAGCAGCGUGUGGGGGAUCCCCCGCAUGGCCUUCAUUCUUUUAACCGGUUUGGUGUCCGUUAUGGCGUUGGGGUUGGGCAUGUUCUGUUACAUGGCUUGUAAGAAGAAGGAGGAGUACGGUUUGUUGUCGCAGGGUACCAGCUUCUUCGAGGAGUACCGGGACAAUGAAAAGGAAACGGACAUUUUCACCAGACCUUUUAUCAGUAAGGCUGUAACGAGGCCUUAUUACGAUGACGACGAUGAGGAGGAGUUGGCCUAUGCGGACGUAGAAGGCCCGGAUAUAUCUUCAGACGAUGACGAAAUUAUCUUGCUUCAGCAAAGAUAAAGUUGCCGAAAUUUUGCCUUGUAAAUACCAAAUAUUAAGGGCCAUACCUAUAUAGUAUAACAUUCCCCCACAACUUACAUUUUAUAAAGUUUUUAUACCAACAUUCCCAACCCCCUUAUCUUGAUCUGUAUUGUGUAUAUUAUAAUUGAUUAUUUAUAUGUAGCUAUGUAGUUGAGUGAGAGUUUGAGUCAUUUUAAUUUUAUAAUUUUAUUGUUAAGUAUAUUUUCCUAUUAUGUCUGACAAAUUUUUAUAUUAAUAAACUUAUUAUUAUUAA